GUACAAUCGAUUGUUUACCAUACCUAACAUCGUUCAUACAAUUAUCAUCGUCUUCUAGAAGUUAAGAAAUUUUCUCAACGUAAAUUUAAUAAAAUAACUGACAAUGUCUAUAAAUAGCAAUUUGUCCAUUGCUGUUGUUUGUUCCUCGAACAUGAAUCGUUCCAUGGAGGCACAUAAUUUCCUGGCCAAAAAGGGUUUCUAUGUUCGUUCGUUUGGCACUGGAAACAAUGUCAAAUUACCAGGCAUGUCUUUUGACAAACCAAAUGUUUAUGAAUUCGGAACGAGCUAUGAUUACAUCUACAAUGAUCUGUGUAAUAAAGAUAAGCAAUACUACACACAGAAUGGCUUGCUGCACAUGUUAGAUCGCAAUCGACGCAUUAAGAAAUGUCCAGAAAAGUUUCAAGAGACCAAGGAACAGUUUGAUAUUAUUGUGACGGUAGAGGAACGUGUUUACGAUCAGGUGUUGGAACACAUGGAGUCACGCGACGUGACCGACAAUCGUCCUGUACAUAUAUUCAAUGUGGACAUAGAAGAUAAUCACGAGGAGGCACUUAUGGGUGCUUUUCUAAUAACGGACAUGAUAACUAUGAUGUCUAAAUCCAGUGACUUAGAUAAUGAUAUCGAUGAACUACUGCAGGAAUUCGAAUCGAGGCGCAAUAAAACUGUACUACAUUCGGUACUAUUCUACUGACUGAUAGCAUUGUUUCAACUGAUCUCUUUAUGAUAAAAUUUGAGACAAUUCUAUUACUAAUGCCAUCACUACCUAAAUACACAUACAUUUAUACAUACAUACAGAAAAGAGGACACGUUAAACUAAACAAAAAACUAGAAAAGAAGAAAAAAAAAUAAAAUGAUAUGUUCAUAAGAAACAAAAGCAGAUAACAAAACAGA